UUUUAUUCGAUUAAAUUUCAAAUUCUCAUAACAUUAUUUACAACGAACGAUGGACCGGUGGACCCAGUUGUUUGUUCGAUUUAGCAGAAGCAUCAAGGAGCCCAUAGCAAAUUCGGACAAUAGCAAACUUCACAUUCCUGUCAUGUUUAAUGAACAAAGUCCUUGUUAAAAUGGAAACGGGUGCUCCAGAAUUUCUUAAAAUAACCACGAACCAAGCUUGAAAAGGACCAAAACACAGCAAAACUUCUAUAUAGGAUCAUACGAUCCAGAUCAUCCCAUCAGGUAAAACUUUUAUUAGAAUUCGCAAUUUUGUAUGCGCAAAUGAAACUUAAUGCAUUUCAUGCACAAUACGUUAUGGGGAGAAAACGAAAGCGUUGUUCUCAGAACUCAUUACCAUAUAAUGAUUAUGAAACGUUACGGUAUUGCAUAUAGCAAUAGUGCCAAUACAGAUGCUGUUGCGACUACCAGUAAAGCGAAACCAGAUUUGUAUACAAACACAAAUUCAACUCAAAUGGGUAAAUCACAGUCUAAGGCAUCAGAGCCCUGUGUCAAGUUUGCUUUAGUUGGAACAAGUGGUUGUGGAAAAUCUGCAUUUGUCAACGCAAUAAGAGGAGUCGAUGAUGAACACGAACAUGCGGCACCAGUCGAUAUAGUUGAGAAAUCGAGGACACCGAAAGAAUACAUUGACCCAAAAAAUCCAGUAAUCUAUUAUUGGGAUCCACCUGGAUAUGGCACACCAAGCUAUCCCACUCUUGACAUGUAUUGGAAGAAGCAUGGAUUGUCAAAAUUUGAUAGUUUUCUGAUUUUUAUUUCUUUCAGAGUUACAAAACUUGACCUAGAAUUAAUAAAUAGAGUAAAAAGUGCCAAAAAGUCAUUCUUGAUAAUCCGAACAAAAAUUGAUGUCGAAUUCAACUUGGAAAUAGAUAAAUUCGAGUUCAGGGAAAAAGAGACAGAAGAGACCUUGGAGAAAAUCAAGGCUUAUGUACACAAGCAAACGAACUUGCAAUCGUCUUCUACAGAGAAGGUCAUAUUUCUUAUCAGUAACUAUGAUACAAGCAAGUGGGAUUUCAGAGAGUUAACGCAUGCUAUGAAUAACUUGCCCUCUGUUCCUGAAACGGCAACAUGGAAUCACAUUUUUGGAAAAGAAAUUGCCAAAGGUAGAGGCAUUUUUCACAUUAAUGGGAUCCAGGCUGCGAACAAAUUGGUUAAAGAACUCGACAAGUGGAAAGACCGUCAAAUAUCCCUGGCUGUUGUCGGAAAAAAUGGUUGCGGCAAAUCGAGUUUCAUAAACGCCAUUAGAGGAAUCACGAAUGAAGACGACCCGUUAGCAGCAGAAACGGGAACUGUUGACACAACAAAAUCAAAAACUCGUUAUUCCAAUCCGAGAAAUCCGAACAUCACGCUUCGGGAUUUUCCAGGCAUUGGUGGAGAAGUCUAUUCUGAUGUCAACGCCUUCUGCGAAAAAGUUGAUAUUAAAAAGUAUGACGCAUUCAUCAUUAUGACUUCUGAACGAUUUUCUAACGACUCUGGAGCUUUAGCAAGUGAACUUGUCUCAAAAAACAAGCCUUUUUUCUUCGUCCGCACGAAGUAUGACCUGGACUGUGAAAACGAGAAGAAAAAAUAUAAAGAGAAAUGGGACGAGUUGAAGACACGGAAAAAGAUUAAAUACAACUGUUAUGAAAAUUUAAAAUUAGCAAACGCGCCACUUGAUUACGACGAUAUCUUUGUAAUAAGUAAUCACCAUCCAUACAAAUGGGAAUUUCCCCGCCUAGUAAAUGCAAUCAAUGAUCGACUACCCGCAAGUGUGCGGACGAGCUUCCUGCUCUCCACGGUUGUGUUUUCUGAGAAAAUUCUAAAGCGAAAAGUCGAAACACUUAAGGGUCGAGUAAGGGCGGUUGCAUUACUUCAAUCAUCUAUUGUAAAAGUAUUCACCACAACGGAGUAUUCCCGUAAACAUGAUUUUAUUCUCAUUGCCAAAAAAGUAAAGUUCUACCGAUCUCAACUUGGAUUUCCUGAAGAGAAUCCUAAGAAUGAUUCCGAAAAGGAUCCCGAAGAAAGACCUGAGAAAGAGCCCAAAAAUUUCCUUAAAAUUUUUGAAGGAAUGUCGCCCGAACUCCAAAAUGAUGUCAGAAAAUUCUACUUCGAACCUGGCACAGAUAUGAAAUCCUGGCUAGAAGCGUUAAAUGAAAGCGCUUCUGAAAGCGAACCUACAGAAAAAAGUUCUGGCGAUGAAAAAUUAUUAGGUGAAGUGAAAAAUAAAGACACGUAUGGAUUCGUGGAGGGCACACUCCAUUGUAUCUUGAACGAAAUGAGUGAGGUGGGGCAGAAAAUCUUAGAAGAAGCAAGGAUGAAAGCUAAGGGACAGUGAAUCCGAUCACCAAAGAUAACUUACUCAUAAUUAUAUUUGCAUAAGAAACUAGAUGAUAACUAAAGAAAUAGUCUUUCGUGCAUGCUCACAUUGAACCUGCGUAGUAUUGUAAGAACGGAUAAGGUUAUGAAAUUCGAACGCUAGUAUUGUAGAUGAAUUGUACCCAUCAUUUUGGUAUCAAUUUUAUAGUUAUUCCAACUCGCGAUGAGGAUUAAUGAACCUUAACAUCAACUAUAGUUCAUUGAUAUAUAUCAACCGGCCCUGUAAUAUAGUCUGUAAUCAUGACAAAGAUGUGCAUACAAUUUGAUGUGUGUAAUCAUCACAUAGUAUUAGAUAGAUAAAUAUUUGAAGCUAGUGUACCCACUUUUAGCACUUGUGCGCACCCAGACGAAGACUGGAAGACUUUUGUGUAGGUAGUUGAUGCAUAGGGUAAGGGACAGGCCGGACAGGCCAAGAGUCUAUAAAUUCGAGCAACGUUCAGGGGAAAAUUCGGAAAAACUGAAAUUAGAGUUACCUAAACAGAAUUUCUGAAACAAAAUUUUGUAAUUCAUAACACAUAUGUAUAUUCUAUUUAGUCACUUUUGUUACAAUUUCCUGAAAGCACAUCUGGCUCUUUGCCACGGAAUCAGUUUUCUUGCCAAAGGUCACUACAUUCUUUCUGGUAAUCGUCGUUAAACAAAAUAAAAUGAAGUUUACUGUCACGAACGUGGUAAAAGUUGAAAUUCGGGCACAUCAGUAUAAUAAUUCCAAAAUUCUGGCGAUACGAAGUAGUGCCCGUACACCUAGGUUGGUGGGUAGGUAGUGUGUUGCUAGCACUCAAUUUUACCUGAGCAAGUUUCUGCAUGGGCGUAAUCUUUCCCUGAUAGCUCUAUUUGCCUACUCUUUAAAUAAUCAACACUUGCCUAAAAGUAGAUAAAAGUUUCUGAACUAUAGAAAUAGUGUAUCAGGGUACUUGGUGUGGUGCUGUUGUAGAGAAUAUAAGUAACAAUACAGGUAGAAUAAGUAGACAUUCAUGUAUUUGCAACGAAAUGCCUUUUAGCAAAACAUGUUUGUCAUUGCUCUUGUGUGAUUUGUCUGGAAUAUGUAUAGUCUCUUAGUAGAAGGCAAGAAAAAAUACAAAUUAACAGCUAGAAAACAUGAAAAUAAUAAUAAAAAU